GCGGCAUGGGAUCUUGUCUGCCAGACAGAGUCUUUUCCGACGCAGACGCAAGCCGCCUCUGCCGGCGGCCCGGGCACUCCGUGGGGAGCGGAUUUCGAGUCCGUAGAGCUCCGGCUCCCAGUGCUCACAUCCUUUACAGCGCGGGCUUUGCAGGAGGCGCAGGCUUCGGAUGGAUGCAGGCAAGCAGAGGACGACGCUAAGGUCAAAACGCUGGCAGCAGAGCUGGCUGCAGCGGAAGCA